GAUCUCCGUCUUACAUUCUGGCGCUUUAACCCACUCAGCCACAAAGCCGUAAUACCAAUAGAAUGAUUCUUAACGUAUAUAGCUACGAAUAUUAUUGUACACAUCUCUAUGUAAUAACUGGUUGAUACAUUUAUGUAUCAAGGACUUAUGUUACAUUUAAAAAUAAUAUACUUGUACAAUUUUAUAAAAAUAAUAUUAUUAUCAUCAUAUAAUAACAUAUUUAUAAAAAUGUAACAUAAAAUUCAGGGUAAGUCGACAUCUCUUUUAAGGUUUCAUCGAGCGUUUUGUAUUCAUGAAUCAUCUUAGAAACCCAGAUGUUAGACUAGUCGUGUUUUUAACGUUGAUCCGUACAUUUAUGUAAUUUUGUCCUUUUAUUAGUUUUGUUUAUAUUUUUAUAUUUUAUAAAAUAAUUAUGUGUCGUGUAAUUCUCGAAGUCGACAUCACACCUAACAGACGAAUUUUACAAAAUGCGUAAGUGUUAGUAAUUUUUAAUUAUUUAGCUAUAUAUUUAUAUAUAUAUUUUUUUUAUUCAGUGAGAUAAUUGACUCGCCAGUCGUUCGGGUAGCCAACCCUGACACUAUUAUUUAUUUAAGACGGUUGCACCAAGAAUACUCACUAAUAAAUAAUUCAGGCGAGAGGAGGAGGAUAUGGUCAGCACAUGCGAGAUCGGUUUCUUUACGGUGUAAUGUAGAAUUGAGAGUUGUGUGUAUGUUAAUGCGUGAUAGUCACUAUGAUCGAUCGAUUCCUGAAGAUGAGAUUAUAGUAAGUUUAAAAAUACGAAUAUUCAAAUAUUGUAGAUAAUAUGAUUAGAUUUACUAAUAUCAGUUAAUUUAUUAUAGAUUCAAUUAUCGUUUCGUGUUUUGAUACAGUCAUCUAGAUCGAUCCGUAGGCAUACACAAUAUUAUAUUAUAAUGCAGUUAGUUUACGGGUUCCGAAGAAUAGCGAUGUUUGAUUCGGAACGUAUUAGGGAUCAAAUAGAAACAGAAUGGACGAUGAAUGUUUUAACCAUUCUGACAUAUCUACAUUUUGAUCUAUACACUUCUCGUUUUAUUCUUCAAAGAAUAAGAAAUCUAAACUAACUUAUUUACUAAAAUUAAUGAACUAAUAAAUAAUAUUUUCCUUAUUACCAUACAUCAGUUUAUAUUAUUUCAGAAAAACUAUAUGCUCACUACCUUUACUAGCAUAAUAUCUAUUUUUACCUAGCAUAAUGUUUCUCGAAAUAUUCAAAAAUAUUUCAAAAAACCAUAAUUCUAUCAAAGUAAAUGUUUAAAUAAAAUGUUUCUCCCCCUUCUUCACUAUAAAAAUGUUUGAAAUCGACGGACGGUCGGUACCUUACCCCGUGUGGGUAUGACCGGUCAGUGUGUAUCCAGUCUUCAGUCCGGUGUACACACAUUUCGCGAUAGUUUUUUACAUCAGAUUUCUUCAGAUACGAAAUUAUCUACUUAUACGAGAUUUUUAUUUACCAUAGUAGGUAUUAAUUAUUAUUAUUAUUUUUUUUUUUUUUAUAUUUCGUUUGUCAUUACCGGAAAAAAUGUGAGUAUUUUGUUUUAUAUUAUUCAUAAGAUAUUUAAGAAUUACAUAUAAUUUAUUCGACUUUUAGAUGUCUAACAAUUCUUCACCGAGUACUCCGGUGUAUGAAGGAGAUGAGUUUAAUAGACGUCUGGCGGGGAUACCUAUGGAGGGUAGCCAAAACACGGAUCACCAGUCUCCAGUUGUCAUUGAAGGCAACUUUUUCAUGUAUGGUGAGAUGACUCAAUCCGGAGAUAGUGGUUACUCCACUAACCCGAGCACGCAGGUUGAAAAUCGUGACUGGCAUAGAGCUUAUUCUCCUUUUAGUCCCUCUGCAAGUCCACCUCAACUAUCACAGAUGGAGAAUCGGGUACGAUCUUUGUCUCCGGAUCAACCUGUUUUUAUGGAGGAAGUUUCGCCCGAUAUGUUCCCGCCGACAACACCGAGGGCAUACGCACUGAGGGUGAGAAACGAUCUCUUCCCGGAGGUAGUUUCUCAGCCCAUGGUACCCCCCGAAUUCAACUUGUUAAUUGUCGGGGAAAUUAUGAACACGUCGCGGCAUUCUGGAGGGCAAUCACCAGAAAUGGAUUGGAGUGAUGACGGAAAUGAUGAGGAGUUUAUCCGUCAUAUGGAGGCAUAUGAAGAAGAUGAAGAGCUGAACCGGUAUAUGGAUUUGUAUGAAGGGGGGAAGUAAUGACUGAAUUAUUUAUUAUUUUCAAAAUAUAUGUAUAUAUUUUUAUUUUAAAACCACGCAUUCUAUAAUUCAUAUUUCCAAACUAUAUUAAUAUUUAUAAAUAUUUUGUUAGCUAUGUUAGUAGUAAUUUUGAAGUAGCAGAUGCUUGCUUUUCUUUGUAUGUUAGUAACUAAUUUUAUAUGGCUUCUUCGAGUAACCGACGGAGAAAUAUCUAGAGAGUCGAUGGGAAGAAAAUCUAUUGUAAGCAUGUCGAUUCGUAUCGUAAGAUAGAGUUAUUGUUAUAGCAGGGUAGAAAAUAAACCACUAUUGUUGGAGAACACACACGUAGUUAGCUUUAGUAACAUAACAACUAUUUUUUCUAAAGAAAAUGUCGACCAAAAUAAUUGAGCACAUUACUCGAAUCACGGAUUUAUCAUAGCCAAUGUCUAAAUAAUAUUUUAGUAAUACAUGGCUUAACAUUUUACCACCUCCAAAAAUUCUAGACAUCAACGGCCACUCGGUACCUUGGUCCGUCAAGCGCUGAUGAUCGGUCAGUGUGUAACCAGUCUUUUACCCGGUGAAGACAUAUUUCGUGAUUACUACCUUAAGAUUUUUAUUUUACCAAGUAUAUUCUUGUUAUAUUUUUCUCACUUUUUUUUCUUUUAACGAAUAUAAUAUUAUGUUUAACUGUGGUAAGUGUCCUGCUGUAUUCAGGCUAAAGUAUAAUUUGGCUAGACACGAAAAAUCACAUAAUGCAGUCCGCCUCUCUUGUCCGUCAUGCAUUGUAACAUUUUCCGACAAAUCUAACUUGGCGCGCCAUAUGAAAAACAAACAUGGUAUGUACAGAACAUUUGAUAUACCUAUUAUAAUUUUUUUUUUUACGAAGUUAAUUUAUUUAGUUUCUUUAUUAUUUUUUUUUUUUAUUCUUUAGGUAUUGCUCGUGUACCUACAGUACAACAUAAUGAGGUAGUUGAGCCUCCACACGCCAGUGUAUCCGUCAUUCAACCAGAACCACCGGCCCUCAGUCGAACAAAUCCAGACGGAUACAUAGAGCUUGCACCGGAAAUACUUGUACCAGACACUCCAGCUGGUCCAUCUAACAGAAGUCAAGUCAUGCGGGAAUCAGCUAUUCUCCCAGUACACGAAAAUGAGCAAUGGCUUGAUGAAGAAGCGAGCGACGAAAUAUGUGUGGAAACGAUGAAACAUGUUGAGGAAGUGGGACUAUGCGAUGAGACAGGUAAGAUUUUUUUUUUUUUUUUAAUAUUAUGGAAGGGAUGUAUUAGGUUUUUUUUUCUGAUUUUUAAAAAUUAUUUUAGAUUAUUA